AUGGCGGCCGAACUGGUCGGCACGACAAUCGGCGUCGUGGGGCUGCUGGGGCAGCUCUUCGACGGGUGCGUCAAGGCCUACGGGUACUUCACGACGGCGUCGCGGCUCGACGAGGACAGCCAGCGGCUCAUGUGCAAGGUGCGCAUCGAGGAGAUGCGCCUCGUCGUCUGGGGCCGCGAGUGGGGGGUCGCCGAGGGCAAGUUCGAGGCGCAUCUCGACGGCGCCGCCGCCGCCGCGGGCACGGGGAGGGGCGCCAACCCGCAGCUGCGCGCGCUGGCGACGCAGAUCCUCGAGGAGCUGCACUCGACGGUGACGGACUUUCGGCGGCUGCAGGAGAAGUACGGGCUGGUCGACGCGGGGCACGCCAGCGGCAACGGCAACGGCAAUGGGAAUGGCAGCGGCAACGGCAACGGAGACGGAAACGGCGUGGUCCGGGCCAAGACGUCGCCCUCGCCGCCGUCGUCGUCGUCGUCCAAGGGCGCCAAGGACGAGGCCGGCGGGCGCAAGCUCAGCACCGCGAGGACCAACUCGGCGGGCACGGAGAGGAGCUGGAGGAAAGAGUUUAGUCUGCGGACGAAAUGGGUCAUUGCAGACAAGGACAAGUUCACCAACCUCCUCAAGGACCUCAAAGACUUCAACGACGGGCUCGAGCGGCUCUUCCCCGCGUCGCAGGUGCCGUCGUUCCAGCGGGCGUGGACGCACCAGCUGCUCGAGUCGGCGGAGCGCGACCUCGCGCAGCUGUCGCUCCUGGAGCGGGCGUCGACGGGCAUCUACCCCAAGCUGGAGACGUCGGCCAACCUCAAGCGGCUGCGCAUCAACCUCGACUCGAAGCCGCAGGCGGCGUUCAAGCCGACGUUUGCGCUCAAGGUGCCGCGGUCGGCGCUCGCGAUCCGCGGCGAGGACCGCGACCACCCGCUGCGGUGCCAGGCGCACCACGAGACGGCGGGCGACGUCGUGGUCGAGUGGGUCGACUACGACCGCGAGGCCAUCGAGGAGCGCGUGGCGCACGUGCGGCGGAUGGACGACCUGGCGCGCAUGAUGCACUCGGCGUCGGAGCGGCACCCGGACCUGCACAGCAUCGACUGCGUGGGCUACACGGACGACGCGGCGCGGUCGCGGUACGGGCUCGUCUACAAGGCGCCGGCGUCGUCGCUGUCGACGCUGCACGCCCUCAUGGCCAGCCCGGACCUCAAGACGCCCGACCUCGACGACCGCGUGCGCCUCGCGCAGACGCUCGCCGUCGCCCUCUGGUCCCUCCACUCGCUCGACUGGCUGCACAAGUCGCUCUGCGGCGCCAACAUCCUCUUCUUCCCCUCGGCCUUCUCCUCCGCCGCCCGCUCCCCGACCGCCGCCGCCGCCCUCGUCCCGGACAUCUCGCGCCCCUUCCUCAGCGGCUUCGACUCGUCGCGCCCGGACCUCGACGCCGCCCUCUCCGUCGCGCCCCGGAACCCCUCCAUCGCCGACCUGCACCGCCACCCGGCCUCCCUGCGCGGCCUCGCCCCCUACUGCCGCGCCUUCGACGUCUACUCCCUCGGCCUCGUCCUCCUCGAGAUCGGCCUCUGGAAGGUCCUCCACACCUACCACAAGCCCCACUACUCGGCCGACCGCUGGCGCGACAAGGUCGUCCUCGCCGUCCUCGUCCCCGGCCUCGGCAGCAAGGUCGGCCGCCGCUACCGCGAGGUCGUCGACAUGUGCCUCCGCGCCGGCGACGACCUGUCGAGCGCCGAGGCCGGCAAGCUGAUGGAGACGGUCGUGACCAAGCUCGAGAGCAUAUGCGUGUGA